CUCAACGUUACGCUGUGUGACUUUUAGGAGAUCACUUUCCCUCUCUCUACAGUGACUGUGGACUGUACCUGUGCUGCACAGAAUCAACUUAAUAUCAACAAGCAAGGAGGACAAAAAUGUCAUGCUUCAUCAUGUGGCUCGCUGUGCUGGUGGUGUUGGUCCUCAUCCUCAUGUACAGAUGGUACAGGCAGAGUCAGAUAUUGGAGAAUCUCACAGAUAAAUAUGUUUUCAUCACCGGAUGUGACUCUGGAUUUGGGAACAUGUUGGCAAAGCAGCUGGACAGACGUGGAAUGAGGGUUCUGGCUGCUUGUUUCUCUGAGAAAGGAGCUGGGACCCUGAAGAAGGAAACCUCCAGCAGGCUGCAGACUGUAAUACUUGAUGUUACUGACAGCACAAGUGUGAGCUCUGCUGCCAAGUGGGUAUCCAAUACUGUUGGAAAUAAAGGGCUCUGGGGCGUGGUGAAUAAUGCUGGUUAUAGUUUGGGUGUUGCCCCUAAUGAGUGGCAAAAAAUUGAAGAUUAUGCCAAGGUGCUGAAUGUGAAUUUGCUCGGUAUGAUCAACGUGACAGUGCACCUGCUGCAUCUUGUCCGAAAGGCCCAGGGGCGCAUUGUUAAUGUAUCCAGUGGUGUGGGAAGACUGUCUACAUUUGGAGGAGGAUACUGUCCAUCUAAGUUUGGUGUGGAAGCCUUCUCAGACAGCCUAAGAAGGGAAAUGAGAGACUUUGGGGUAAAAGUUUCCAUCAUAGAACCAGGAGCAUUUCAAACCACGAUUAUAGCAAGUGACAUGCAUGUAAAUUUCUUAAGGCGUCUGUGGGAAAAUCUCCCUACAGCAGUGAAGGAGAGCUAUGGCCACCGCUACUAUGAAAAAUGUGUUAAAGGAUUAGAAAGUCUAGAGAGAACAGCCAGCCCAAGAAUUCAUAUGGUACCCGACUGCAUGGAACAUGCUGUGACUGCUGUCUACCCCUGGACGAGAUACUCUCCUGGUUGGGACUGCAAGUUCUACUUCAUCCCUCUGUCCUACCUCCCUACUGUCAUAUCUGAUUAUGUGCUGUGUCGCUCAGCACCCAAACCAGCUUGUAUGUAGUCGUCAAUCAAACAGUACAGCACUACAAUAUGAUCUUCUAUAGCUAAACAACAUUUGCAUCACCGACAAAAGAGUAAUUCAUUUAUAAAAGAAUCUGUCCAACAAUAGGUUUGGAAAGAGGUUAUCUUUACUGUAUGUGGUCCACUCUGAUUUGUAACUACUGCAAAAUAACAAAGGUACAAUAAAUGUUCAUAAAAGAAAAACAGAUAAACAAAUGGCAAUAAUAUUAAAUGCAAAACAUACUUGUAUCAAAUCAGCAGGACAAGUGAAAGUCACAACACAGUGUUGCAGGAUACCAAGAUUACAAAUGCAGAAAUACAAGCAAAAAUAAAAGAAUUAAAUUGAUUGACUUAAUUUAAAAAAAUAAGUUUGUAACUACUAAACAAUUCUCUGGAUACACACAUGAGGUAAUAUUUACUAAGAUUUGUAUUUGUAGGGAUUUGGUGGGAGAUUGAACUCGAAUGACAUCGAUUGUGUGAAUUUGCAACUUUUUGAAUAAAGUGCAUGUAAUUUACUAA